AUUUUGUCCAUCUCUAAUCAGCUGGACACAAGGAUAACAAGGAUCACAUGUUAGACAUUCUGCGUUGUGUAUUAAAACUGUACCUAAAACUGUAUCUGUUCAGAAAGAACACACAAAUUUGAAGCAAUAAAACAACACCAAAUUGUUGCGUUUGGGAUGCAGAUGUCCUGCACUCUAGCAAAUGUGUGCAUACCUAACUCUGCUAGGUACCUAGAACGCUUGCUGGAUUAUAUGACCUUCUGCGAGUGGUCACCAUAAAGACCAUAAAGGGUUUCCUGCGGUCGGAGAUAUACCGAUCCGUGGGUCUAGAGCCUCUCUCGACAGUAUCCAAGUAUAAUUUUUCAAUACAAGUAAAAAUUCUCACUAUUCAAAUCAUGGAAGUUCAAAUCUGUCGCGCUUGCCUGGGAACGUCACCUGCUAUGAUCAACAUAUUCGACAACGCUCCAGGACUAGGGAUCUCCAUCGCCGAUAUGAUCACGCAAUGCACUCCCUACGAGAUUUCUAAAGAAGAUUGCUUCCCCGAAAACAUCUGCGAUUCUUGCCUGCACUGUGCACGAUCCGCCUUUGAGAUACGGCAAACCAUAGAAACGAGCCACCAGAUCUACCUCCAGAUGAGAAAUACUAAAAAUCUACCAGUCAAUUUAAAUGACGGUGUUGGAUUCAGCAAGACGAAAAAAACAGUACAUAUGUCCCCACUGCUCAAAGUCGUUUUCCCAGAGUAGUAGUUUAAAAACACACAUCAGGAUUCACACUGGAGAGCGACCAUACAAGUGUUCCCACUGCACAAAGUCGUUUUCCCAGAGUAGUAGUUUAAAAAAACA